AUGGGUUAGGAAGAAAAAGGAGGUGAUUGUUGGGGAGUUAUUAGAGAAAGCACUGCUGUAGCAAGGGAAUGAGAGCAAAGGAAAGAGGACACCAGAAAAAUACAGUCAGAUUUUAAGAUCGUAAGACAAUAUUUCUUGGACUACUGACACAAUAAGAAGUCAUGUUGGGGUGUGGACGUCCUGUCAUCCUUCUUCUCAGCUUCAGCUUUCUGGACCUCUCCUUUGUGUCAUCAUCAUCUUCAUCAUCUCAGAGCACUCGACCCCGUUCCCACUCUUCUGUAGAGAACGAUUACUACAGUGUAUAUGAGGACGUCACCAAUGAGCCUCCCAGCUCAUCCUCAACUCAAUCUGAAAUCCCAGAUCUCAAUCCGUGCAAUUAUGAUAUGUGUGUGGAGCAGCAGCAAACCUGCUUGGAUCUUGCUGAAGCCACCGGCUGCCUCUGCCCGGGGUUGAGCAAUGGUUUCACUCCCCCUAGUCCACCGCGCCUCUUGCCUCUGACUCAAAGGGGAGACAAAGGGGUUUCGGUGCACUGGUGUGCUCCCACCUCCGCCGUCAUCUACUACAAUGUCAAGGUGAUAAGGAAUGGCAAAGUAAUGGAGAAGAUAGAGGUGGAGGAGAGAAAGAGGGCAGCACUAUUAGAGGAUGUUGAGUCUGGUAUGCACAUAUGUGUAGAAGCUGUGAAUAAAGGUGGCGUCAGUGCAGAGGAUCAUCAGUCUUGUGCCACAUUUGAACCCCAAAAUACCGACACAGGACUUGCGCUGAAGCUGGGCAUUGUCGGUGGUGUGGUGGGACUCAUACUGCUGCUGAUUCUGGCUCUGCUGCUGUGGAGACAAAAAUCACGGCAGAAAUUCACCACGCGGACCGAUACUGAGAGAGUUCUGUAACCUCUGUGUGUGUAUGUUGCCAAAAAAUUCACUUUUACUUCAUCUCGGUAUGAAUGAUGGGAGUAAAUGAAUGACUGUGGAUUGAUCACUAACUGUGAGUGUGCUGGAUAGAGGGAGUGUACGAAUGACUCAGUGAACAUGAACAGAAAGAGGGGCAUAGAGAAAAUGGAUAAAUGACUCAUUCAUCUCAUUUGCUUGUCAGUGUCUACCAAUGUGAUUUAGGACAGAGACAAAUUGUAUACUGGUGGUGUGCUGACUCCAAUUAUGGGCACCGUUUCGAGCCCACUUCCUGAUCACAAACACAUUUUAAACUCGUGUAGCCUAUGUCUGUUUCUUCCUCCUGUGUGGCUGAAUCACUGUUUUUCACAUGUAGAUUUAAGCCGGGAUCAGAUCAAACUAUAUUUGUACACAUUUUAGGCCACUUUGGUAAGAAGGAGUUUGCUAGGAGAAUCUGUGUAGAUCUUACUAAAUAAAAGAUUUUUUUAUUUUUUGGAAGUUUUAGAUCCUAAUAAAAUAAAAUGUAUAUUCCCAUACAAUGCCGCAUGUACAAUACCAAAUCCCAGAUGUGUCGAAACUGUGUACUAAAUGUAUUCUUAUAUCAUGUGAUUACCAUAUACAAAAAUGUACACUAAAUCUUAAAUCAUUAUAUUAUUAUAUGCUAAAAACAUAUUAUAUGCACUUUACUGAUUUUUUUAGAGACAGUCAUGUAAACAAUAAAUAGCAUGUGACUAUUCCCUCUACAGCCACAGGGAAAUGAUGUCACGCACAAGACCAAGCACUGUCCCAAACCCUUCGAAACUAUCCUGAACUGUGACAUCACAGGCGAGGAAAAUAUCUCUGUUUCACACUUUUAAGAGCCACCUAAACAAGAAUCAAGCUCUGGUAAAGCAUCUAUUAUAAUAUAGUGAAACAUUGUUAAUGUGUUGCUUGCAAUAAAAUUUCUGUAGUCAUAAUA